AAUAACCCUACUCCUACUACUAAACGCAAAUAAAUUAAUUUUGUUCAUCUACACAAGUGUACGCAGUUGAAAUUAUUGCUAGUUUCUUUAUUUUGGUAUGAAAAAAGAGAAUUUAUUAAUAUUGAAAUAAAAAUUGUAUGAAAAUAAUUUUUUUUGUAUUAAAAAAUCGAUUCAUAAACUUUUUGAAAAUGAAAAUCUCAAUAAUACUAAAUAUUCAAGUGUACUUUUGUAUAUUUAUCACUCUUUUGAAUACUGAAGGAACACCUAAUAAAAGAGCACACGUCGAUAUAAUAACGAAGUUACUACAUCAACCCGGAUGGAAAAAUAUAAAUGAUGUCGAAUAUAUUGUUUACAGGCGCAAUGUGUAUACAUUGAACGAUGUGAUUAAUAAACCUGUAACAUUAAAUAACUGUGACAAUAUUAUACGUAAUGCUACAAAAUUCCUUGGAUGUUCUUUUGGUAAUGAUUUACAUACAAUAUUCUAUAUAUUUUACAAUUAUCAAGAAUAUUGUUUCAUGCUACUUAAUUCCGGUAAAAUUAGUGCACACAACUGUAUAGUCAAAAUUUUAGAAAAAAUGAUUGAAUUUGUAACGUUAACAAAAUAUAUGAAAGGAGCAUUAUAUGCUAUAGAAAAAUAUCACAAAAACCCUUUGAACACCCUAAAAAAAACUCGGUUUCCUUUAAGUGAAGUUCUUACAAAUUUACAGAAAAAUGAAUCGUUAAAGAAAUUGAUUUCUUUGGAAAACAAUAAGGAGUCGAUUAAAACUGCGUUAUUAACUAUCACGAAUAUUUUACAAAAUAGCGAUUUAGAACUCAAAAAAGAUUUAUCAUUAUGUAAAAUAAAACAAAUAGAUUUGAGUUCUUUGUGGAAUUCUUGGAUAAAUGAAUUUAUAACAUUAAACAGUCAAAGAAAAGACGAAGAACUUAUCAUUUUUCUAAGUGAUAAAAUGAGAAAUUUAUUCCAAAGGAUAAUCUGGAAUAAGUAUGUUACACUUGGAUUUAAAUUUGAUUCGAACACAUGUGAAACAUUUUUACCUGCCCUAUCUCCAACGAAUAACAAGCAAGAUAUCGCAAAAAAUUCUUCUACUUAUUUGAUACAAUACACCAAUGAAGAAGAUUUGAUGGAAAAUGUACAACAAGAAUAUAUCGCACAAAAUUCUUCUAAAAAUCUGAUACAACACAUCAAGGAAGAAGAUUUGAUGGAAAAUGUACAACAAGAAUAUAUCGCACAAAAUUCUUCUAAAAAUCUGAUACAACACAUCAAGGAAGAAGAUUUGAUGGAAAAUGUACAACAAGAAUAUAUCGCACAAAAUUCUUCUAAAAAUCUGAUACAACACAUCAAGGAAGAAGAUUUGAUGGAAAAUGUACAACAAGAAUAUAUCGCACAAAAUUCUUCUAAAAAUCUGAUACAACACAUCAAGGAAGAAGAUUUGAUGGAAAAUGUACAACAAGAAUAUAUCGCACAAAAUUCUUCUAAAAAUCUGAUACAACACAUCAAGGAAGAAGAUUUGAUGGAAAAUGUACAACAAGAAUGUAAGGAUUUGAUGCGUCACUAUUAUACAUUUUUAGCUUCGAUGCGAAGCGGAGAAGAUGUUGCACAAAAUUCUUCUAAGAAUUUGGUACGAAAUAACAAUGAUAUAGAUGUGUUUGAAGAGAUGCUGUAAGAAUGUUAAUAUUGUAUUGUCUACUACUGAAUAUUUAUUAUUAGUUCAAAUAAAUUUUUAGUGAAACUAACAAACAAAUUCAUUUUAUUUUUUGAUUAUACACUAUUAUAAAUUAAAUUUUAA